AUCCACAGGUUCUGUCUCUGAAUGUGUCCAUUCUCCCCUCUCCUCCCUUUCUCACAGUCAAGAAAGACCAGGACGGAGCGGAAGACAAGAAGAGCACAGUCAAGAAGAAGGUGAAGGAGCUGAAGGUCCUGGACUCCAAAUCGUCUCAGAAUCUCUCCAUUUUCCUGGGCUCCUUCCGGUUGCCGUACGAGGAGAUAAAGAACGUCGUCCUGGAAGUGAACGAGAAGGUCCUCACGGAGUCCAUGGUGCAGAACUUGAUUAAGCAGUUGCCAGAGGAGGAGCAGCUCAAUGUUCUGGCGGAAAUGAAAGAUGAGUACGAGGACCUGGCUGAGGCAGAGCAGUUUGGAGUGGUGAUGAGCUCGGUGAAGCGGCUGAAGCCGCGGCUGACCGCCAUCCUGUUCAGGCUGCAGUUCGAGGAGCAGAUGAACAACGUGAAGCCGGACGUGGUGUCGGUGUCGGCCGCCUGCGAGGAGCUGCGCAAGAGCGAGAGCUUCGCCCAGCUGCUGCAGAUCAUCCUGCUGGUGGGGAACUUCAUGAACGCCGGCUCCCGCAACGCCAAGGCCUUCGGCUUCAGCAUCAGCUACCUGUGCAAGCUGCGAGACACCAAGUCUGCGGAUCACAAGAUGACGCUGCUGCACUUCCUGGUUGAGGUGUGUCAGGAGCAGUACCCGGACGUCCUGCACUUCACCGAGGACCUCAUCCACGUGGAGAAGGCCAGCAGAGUUUCCGCGGAGACGCUGCAGAAGAACAUCGACCAGAUGGGUCGGCAAAUCGCGGGCCUGGAGAAGGACAUCGAGACCUUUCCCCCUCCGCAGAGCGACAAGGACAAGUUUGUGGAGAAGAUGUCCAGCUUUGUUAGCGUAGCGCGGGAGCAGUAUGAGAAGGUGGACCUCAUGCACAAGAGCAUGGAGAAGCAGUACGAGGAGCUGGGGAAGUACUUCGUCUUCGACCCCAAGAAGAUUUCGGUCGAAGAGUUCUUCGGCGACCUCAAUAACUUCUGCAACAUGUUCCAGCAAGCGGUGAAGGACAACCAGAGGAGGAAGGAGGCGGAGGAGAAGAUCCGCCGGGCGAAGCUGGCGAAGGAGAAGGCUGAGAAGGAGAAGGAGGAGAAGGCCAAGAAGAGCCAGAUGCUGGACAUCAACGCAGAGGGAGACGAGACGGGUAUCAUGGACGGCCUGCUGGAGGCGCUGCAGUCUGGAGCUGCCUUCAGGAGGAAGAGAGGUCCACGGCAAGCUGCCAAUCGAAGAGCUGGCAAUGCUGUGACCUCCAUCCUGGCCAAAGAGCUCUUGCAGGAGUCCACCCCGCCCAAGAAGACCAAAGUGCAGAAGGAGGAGCCUCUGAUGGAGGCGGGGUCACUGGAGGACCUGCUGGAGGAAGCCACGCCCCUCUCCAGCUAAAGGAGGGCCGUGACUGGACAGACCGUGGAUACUGUGUGCGUGUAUGCACAUUGGGGGGGGGGGGGGGAGAAGGUGCUGGGAAGACCCCCCAACCCUUCCCCCCCACCCCCCUCUCAGGCCCUCUCAUUGCUGCUUUGACGCCCUGUGUUUACCCCUCCCCUCCCCCCCCGUCCACGCCCGCUCGGAAGCUUAUGCACCAUGUUCUGCUACCAACACACGCCCUCCUCCGUCAUCACGCACUCACUCACUCAUUUACCCGCUCACUCCCUCACCCUUUCCCUUCACUCUCUUCUCUCACUCAUUCACUCUCUCCCCUCAUUUGCUUUCUCUAUUCCUCACUCCCUUCCUCACUCACUCACUGUUUUUCCCACUUAGAGUAAUGAGAGUGAGAAGCUAUCUUCAUUCUUCCAUCUUUCUUUUUCUGUCUUCCUGUCCUUUCCCCUUCAUCCCUGUAUUUUAUUGUGUAGUGUAGGACAGAUGUUACACAUCUUAUCUCUACCAAGCCGCUGGCCACGCCCCCUACUCCAGAAGUAUCCCUAUAAACUGUCUGAAACGGUUUACACUGUCUAAAGGAACCCAGUCUUCGUAAUUUUAUUUGAUUUUUUUUUCUCAUUUUAAAACCACCAGUCAAUUUAGCAGUGAACCCUUUGAAGAACGGGUUCUGAGUCAUUUUGUUGGGAUGCUGUCGUACAAUGCCAUGUCCCAAAUCUGCCCCUGAGAGGGUUAGACUUAAUAUCGCUGUCAAGUGCCAAGGGACGCGAACCACACACAUCCAACACAAUGCUGGUGAGGAUGUAACCACACAUAUCCAACACAAUGCUGGUGAGGAUGUAACCACACACAUCCAACACAAUGCUGGUGAUGAUGUCUUAAGGUUGCACAGGCACCAAUGUUCAGUCUGCACGCCGCGGAGGGGGAAGGUCCGGAGGUCUGGUACCUGAACAUCGUUUGAGACUCCGCUCCGUGUUCCUCUUUCCUUUGUUCUCGGGACGAUUUUAUUGGGAAUAUUCUCUUUUUUUUUUUGGGAAUGUCGAUCAUCUUGUUUUUUGUUUUCAAUGCACCGUAUCCAUUUCACGAAGACAUCUCUCCAGAUGCACUGGACCUGAGAAAGCUGGCAAACCGCAAUUAGAGAAUGUGUGUGUGUGUGUAUGUGUGUGUGUGUGUGUGUGUGUGUGUGUAUGGACUUACUGUCACUGUAGUCAGACACACUGUAAACUCUCACUGGGGCCUUCUGCUGGAGCUCCAAGGACACUGGAGAGCAGUUUAAGAUUCAGUAGAGAAACGAAACCUUUCUUCCCCCCUCAGGCCCUUGUUUGACCACCUUACUCAGUCAGCUGUGAGGUCUCGGCUGUGCAGUCCCAGGCAUAUGAAUAUACUGUAGAUAACGUUUCCCACGCUGCCCUUAUGUAGCUCUGGCUUAGCGUUAGCAUGACGUAACAUAAACCAAGGACACAUGUAAUGAGCUUCCUUUCAGCAGUCACCCUGGGCUGAUUUCACAUCGGUGUGUGAUCCUUUACCAUCCAUGGCAACACCGCCUGAAUCACCGUGAUGCCAAAGCAUUUUAGAGUCACUGCGAAAACCUCGUCAGUCACCGAUGGAGCCAUCGAAGUCGCUUCCGAAACGUUGAAACGAUCUUAUUCAGCGCUGAAACUACCAGGGGUGCUGAUGAUUGCUCCUGAGUCACUGUUGAACCUGUCGGAUGUACUGCUGAACACUUCCGGGUCACCAUCGAGGUCGUCAGUGACGAGUCGCUGCAGAAACGACAGUCAUUGGUGGAAACUCCGCAGUCGCCGUAGAGACGCUCAGCGCUGUCCGUCCCUUUGUCUGUCGGUCAGCGAGUCUGUCCCGCCUGCUCGCUGCCUCUCCUGCUGGUUGAGAGUGUGGACGGCGAGGCUGGGUCUGAGCUAGGCCGUGCCGGUGCUGUAAUACUGUUGUCUGAUGCUCCUCAAAAUAGGCUCACGGAAAAGGUUUUGGCCUGCAGUGUCUGCACUGCAGUCCCAUCUGUUACUCCCCAGCUUCCAUUUUCCUCACUGCGUUUGAGUACGCGGGAGGCCAGGAGCCGCCUGCCCUCCAGGGCGGGAGAGGUGUCAGAGCGUUGCUUUUUCCUCAAGCUGGAGUCAAAGCCACCAUGCAGCAUGAAGCCAUUUUGGCUCCAGCCCCAAAGCACAGGGCCUCGACCUGGAGUCCGCACCGCUGCCCUUUCAGUAGUUAGCGUGGAGUGUGUGAAGAUGACACUGUAACUGUGUGGUAUGAGGGCUGCCGACGGCAUGCCUGAGUUUUCUUUUUCCUUUUUUUUUUAAAAGACAUUUUCUUUUCUAUUCCAAUUUUUAUCCUGGUUAAUGUUUUAAUGUGUCUGAAGAUGACAAAAAAAAAUCCCAUUUUGUUUGGCCGAGAUCUUCCAGUUCACUGUGCUUAUUUGUAUAUUGAACUAUAUUACUAUAUUUAGAUAUAUUCUGUUAAGGUGUUAUUUUACAAACCCAAACGAUUAAAAGUGUCUUGAAUGUUU